AUGCAUAAAUUUACAAUUUUUAUCGUCCUUUCAUGUUUGGUCAUAGUCUUCCUGGUCGAUGCUACACGACCAUCGGUAUGCGAAUUACCACCUGUACAUGGUAUGUGUCGUGCUUAUUUCAAGAGAUUUUUCUUUAAUUCAACAAUAAAUCGCUGCGAAUCGUUCAUCUACGGUGGCUGCCAAGGCAAUGGCAAUCGAUUCCAAUCCAGCGACGAAUGUAUGAGAGUUUGUGAAUGA